CUAUUAGGCUGCAAAACAUGCCCAUAUUAGGGUUUAUUGAAAUGCGCCGUCGUCGUUCGCGAUUCACCCCGCUGAACUGACCAUGGUGCGCAUCGUCUAUAACAAAUGAUCCACAUCGUCCAGCGAAUCAGUAGAAGCCCAUGGAUCGCCGGAGAGAGGUUUUCUCUGUGCCACCUCACUGUCCUCAACAUCUUCGCCGACAAAUCUCUGCUUCAUUCCUCCUCGAGUUCAGACCUCACCAUAUCCUACCUCAUGAAAUCAUGCGGCCUCUCACAGUCGGUGGCUUUCCCUUCCCUCGCUAAUAAAAUUAACCUCAAGACCACAGAGAACGCCGACUCCAUCCUUGCCCUCCUCCGGGAACAUGGCUUCGCUACGAGCCAUAUUGCUUCUAUCAUCACCAAGUCUCCUCGCAUUCUCUUCUCUGACGCGGAGAAUAACAUCAAGUCCAAGCUGGAGUUCUUUCUUGGUGUUGGAGUGUCCAACGAUAGCCUUGCGAAGCUCAUCUCAGCCAUACCCUCCAUCCUAAAGUGUAGUCUUGAAAACAGGCUCAGACCCAACUUUGAUAUUCUCAGAAGCAUCUGCGGCAGCGACAAACAAUUGCUAGCCAACACCUGCAAAUUUGCCUGGCUCUUAAGCCGCAACUUCGAGAAGGAGGUCUUCCCGAAUUUGAAGACUCUGCAAGAUCAUGGAGUCCCCCCUUCCAAUAUAGUAAAAUUAUCUAUCAUGAUCCCUCAAGUAUUGCUGCGCAACCCUGCCCGUUUCAGCAAAUCAGUAAUUUCGCUGAAAGAAAUGGGGUUUGAUCUGUCGGCACUGAAUUUCGUUUACGGUCUCAAGGCAAUUUGGAUGCAGAGUAACUCAAAUUGGGAGAGGAAGUUCCAGCUCUUCCAGAGUUUAGGCUGGUCGGCGGAGGAGACCUUCUCUGCGUUCAAAAAGUUUCCCGUUUGCAUGAUGCUUUCAGAUAAGAAAAUCAAGAGGGGUGUUAACUUUUUUGUGGAGAUUAUGAAUUUUACACCGUCCGUUUUGGCAACACAGCCGAUUCUCCUGUGUUACAGUCUUGAAAAGAGAAUCGUGCCUAGGCACAACGUUAUGAACAUUUUGGCCUCCAAGGGACUAGCAAAGAACUUCAAAAUGACAACAAUAUUUUACGCAAGUGAAAAAAGGUUCCUUGAGAAAUAUGUUUUUAAGUAUAAGAUUCAAGCUCCAGAAGUCAUUCUCGCUUACAAGGAUAAAAUUGAUGUGAAAUGCCUUAUGUUGAAUUACUUCUAUGCCAGAAUGCUAUUGCUUCUGCCACAGGGCUUUAGACUCUUUGUGAAGAAGCCAAUAACAUCUCCAAUUGGUUUCUCUUCUUCUAUAAAGCCAACUUUGGACCAGAGAACAGCAUCAGAUGACCUCAUCAUGACCAUUGUCAGCAAUUUCUCCACCUUAAUUGCGCCUAACAAUUAUUCCUCCUUCACCACUAUGCUUCGCCUGCUUCGCUUCAAGCCUAGCCACCAUCUCCACUACUCGACCAGCACCAGAUCCACCACAUCCCCAACUCCUCCCCCUCAAUCCCCACCACUCGUCACUGAUCCCACCCUCACCCUCUACUUUCUCCAAAAAUCCUGCAACCUCUCUCCCUCCGCCGCCGCCGCCGCCUCCAAAGAAAUCAACCUCAAAUCGACCAAAAGACCCCAUUCCGUCAUCUCCCUCCUCCGCAACCACGGCUUCUCCGACGACCACAUCACCGCCCUCAUUUCCCGCCUUCCCAAACUCCUCCUCGCUUGCCCCACUCGCACCCUCAAACCCAAGCUAGACUUGUACGCAUCCCUCGGCCUCUCCAAUGACGACUUCGCCGAUCACAUCUACACUCGAGCUCGCAUCUUCCUUUCCAGCAUUAAAAAUCGCCUUGCACCCAACCUUCGUCUCCUUCGCCUCCUCAUACCCUCCCACGCCGACCUCCUUGCCGCUGUUCGCCGUUAUCCCGCUGUCAUUCUCUCCGAUCUGCAAAACAUAGUUCCCGAUAAGACCAAGCCUUUGCUAGAUUACGGGCUCCCUAUGGACGGUGUACUCAAGCUGAUCGCUUUGCACCCAAAGUGUUUGACGAAAUGCUCCACUAAAUUUGACUCGUGUCUUGCGGCUGUGAAAGAGCUGGGCAUCAACCCAUCAAGCUCGACCUUCGUUCACGCCUUUGCGGUGAUUUCUAAGGUGCCGGCCCCUGUUUGGAAAAGCAGGGUGCAGAAUUUUUUGAGCUUGGGUUGGUCGAUGGAUCAAAUUAGUGGCGCGUUUGCGAGGCAUCCUUACUGUAUGUCAUCAUCGGAGGAGAAGGUGAGGAGAAAUUUGGAGUUUUUUGAAGAGAAGCUCGGUUGGGGGCCGGCUAAGGUGUCCUGUUCGCCAGUGCUUUUGUCUCUGAGUUUUGAGAAAAGGAUUGUGCCGAGGUAUGGCAUGCUUAAGCUUCUUGAUGAGAGGGGUUUGUUGAGGGAUGGCAUGACCUGCCGCCAUUUUUUAUUGGGGGAGAAGAGGUUUAACAAGAAUUAUGUGGAUAAGUACCAGCAAACUGUUCCAGAGAUCUUGGAAGCUAUUAGUGGAAAGUUGGGAGCUUUGUCUUCUUCAGGGAUGGAGGAGACAUAGGAUUUUUUUUUUCUUUCUUCUUCAACUCUACUCAGGCCGAAUUUCUUUUCCAUCAAAACAAUUAAGGAUCAAAUAUUACGCUGCUCGAAAGAUGAAGAAAUGAAAUUUGAAGGAUGAUAUUACUCCUGAAAUUGUGAACUUAUAUUUUACAAAUGAUUUCAUCAGUGCCACCUCUUUUCCUUAUUUUUUACAGGUUCAAAAAUAAAAUGAGGGAAAAAAAAAACAAACAGCAUGUGCUGUAACAUCUGCGGGCACCGAAUCCCAUUCUACUCGGGCAAAAUAUGGGCCGAAGGUUUGUGUUGGGUCAUAACAUUUGAGGUUAUUGCAUAAAGACUCUCCAUGUUUCAAUCCUUCAUUUUUUGGGUUCAACUGCAAAUUCCAUUGUUUGUUGAUUUUAUUAUACUAAUUUUUGCAGUCUAUUUGCAUGCACAAUGAAGAUUUCAUGUGGAUCGAUUGUUGGAUUAGAGUGGGGGCUUGCUAGAAUCUGUUUCUUGUUUCACGUGCUUAUUUGGUAUGUAUUACUUUUGAGGGAUAUUUGUGUGAUUGUGAUGUUGUUGUCAUCCUCAACCUCAUGUGAGGUAGUUUGCCCAUUUGUUAUGUUGCGAACAUACACUCAAUACUCAAUUUUGUCGAUCAUAACUUUCA